AUGAACGGUGAAUACGCAACCAAGCCACCAACUUAUGAAUGGGACAUAGGAGUGGGUUUAAAUUCAUUAAAGCAAAAUGUUGUCGAUUUUAUUUUGUUUUGCGGAUUUACUGUGAGUAUUUUUGGUUCGUUUUAUUUUUUUUAUUGGUUGAAAACUCGUGAAAUGAGAAAUAUGUGCAGCAAAAAUUAUUAG